AUGGCCUUACAUUUCCUACCUUAUGACUUAUGGUUUUGCUGCUUGUGGCUGUUUCUUUCAUUAGAGCUGUUAAGAGAAAACAAGCGAAUGCUGGACCGAUCCAUCAGGGAAAUUGAGCGGGAGAGGCAAGGAUUGCAGGCCCAGGAGAAAAAGCUCAUCACUGAGAUCAAGAAAACAGCUAAAGAAGGCCAGAUGGGAGCUGUCAAAGUAAUGGCCAAAGAUCUUAUUCGUACCAGGCAUCAGAUAACAAAGUUCUACCAACUUAAAUCUCAGCUCCAAGGAGUUUCUCUAAGAGUUCAGACAUUAAAAUCAACUCAAGCUAUGGGUGAUGCCAUGAAGGGUGUUACAAAGGCAAUGGCUCAAAUGAACAGGCAGCUAAAUCUGCCAGGAUUGCAGAGGAUAAUGCAAGAGUUUGAACGACAGAACGAGAGGAUGGAGAUGGUGAGCGAAGUGAUGGGAGAUGCCAUAGAUGAUGCUUUGGAAGGAGAUGAGGAAGAAGAAGAAACUGAGGAGCUUGUGAAUCAAGUACUUGAUGAAAUUGGCAUUGAUAUCAACCAAGAGCUUGUUGGAGCCCCGUCGGCCGCUGUUACUCAACCUGCUUCUGCUGGAAGGGUUGCCCAGGCCGAGAGUGCUGGGAAUGCUGACAGUGGAAUCGACGCGGAUUUGCAGGCAAGGCUGGACAAUCUGAGGAGAAUGUAG